AUGGAGAUGGAGGAGGAGAGGAGUUUGAGGACCAAUAGUUGCUGGAUGAGGGAGAGGAAAUGGUGGAGAUGGAGGAGGGGGGAUGGUGGAGGUGGUGGUUUAGGCUUUCGGGUCCAGCAGAGAGGGAGAGGUAGAUUGCCACUACAGAUAUCUCAGGGACCAUUGAUGCAGGGAGAAGUUAGAUUGGGUGGGAGAGGUGGUGCCAACUAUUUAGCAAGCAUUGAACUAUUCCCAGAUGCGGUAGACCAGAGAGACAAAUCAGGGGAUGCAGGGACUAGUGGGGGAGCUGGGGGUGAUAGUGGUGCAGCAUCUGAUGAGAUGAUUGGUGCUGGAGGAAGAAUUAUGGGGAUCAAUGAAUCUGAUACAAGGAGUGUUGGUAGUGUUGAAUCCUCUUCUUCUACUGGAACCGCUGGUGUUGUAAAUACUGCUGGGAAUUUGGAUAGAGUUGCUGCUGCUAAGGGGACUAUUGAUGUUAUGACUAUUGCUGAUGGUGUUGCUGGGUGA